UUUCUCCUGAAGUUUUCCUAGGCCUCGUCCUUCUUCGCGUCUCUUCUCCUCUGUUUUUUCUCCAAAACAAAUCCGGUUCAGUUCUCGCAUCCAGUUGAUUACCGUCCUGCUCGACUCGCUCGAGCCAACCCCGUCCUUGCCGACUGUUUUUACUCUGUUUCCGCCACGGCCAGAACCGUCACGUCAGCCCUUUUUUUGCUCACUUGUGACUCGAGUCCGCUCGGUGCGUAAGCUUCUCCCCCCAACCAGACCCCUCCCCUCCUCUCCCUCCCGAGCCUGUCGUUGCCGUCGUCGUUAUUGUUGUUGUCCGUGUUCUUUUUGCUAUUUAUUGGGUCGCUCUGGUGCCAUCACAUGUCGGUCUCAAGACACGUUGGAUGAACCGCCAAUCUCUCCUCUCUCCCUCUCUCUCUCUCCCUCUCAGUGUCGUGCGCUGUUUUUUGUCGUUCCAGAGUUCGCCUACGUCGUGCUUUGUCUGGACUGGUCCGGUCUCGCUCUCGACUGGCCAAUUUAGCCCCCGAAAAACUACUCCUCACACCCUUUUAUUCUUGUCGCAUUGGCGCACCGUCACUCCAACACUUUGACUCGACUCUAGAUAUACCAUCACAGCAUAUCGACAUACCGGCAGACAGCAAGAGUACAUAACUGACCAGUCGGCCCUCCUCUAGCCGCCUCUCACACCCAUCCAGACUGCCUUUGGUCUGAUCAAAGGCGAACACACCACCACGGCUUCCAGGGCCGUGUUCUUCGUCUCUGAUCAAGAUUUCAGCCAUCGCAAGACGUUCCAUAUCAUCAACUCGCGCCCACCCCCCGCUGCUGAGGUCGCCCAAGCAGCCCGAGCUCUUUUUGCUUGAUCCUUUGUUUCAACACCUGUGCCCCGAGUCCACCCCCAACCGCCAGCUGCCGCAUAGGACGGGCUCUAAGGUUCUUCCUCUUACCGAGGGAGAGUCGAGGACACCUCGUCAGGUCGCCACGGGACCCGCCUGCUAUCGCUUCCGGCCCCCCUAACACCCCUUCUGCAAGCUCCCGUAUAACCAAACUCCUAGCACCUGCGCUAGCACGUCCCAGCUCUCCCUCCGCUCAACUCGUGGGAUAUGGUUAUGGCAACAGCUCUUACCGAUCGCAUCACCCCAGUCGACUUUAAUCACACGUUUUUAAAGAAGACCACCCCGGGAUUCUUGGACCACCAGCACAAUGGCGAGCUAGUCUCCAAGCAACUGAUCGGCGAUGCCCUUCGCUCCCGCGUGGAGAGCAUCGACCACGAGUUCUGUGACCCCGGCGACGAGGACACCUUCUUCGUCGCCGACCUCGGCCACGUCUACCGCCAGCACCUGCGCUGGAAGCGGAACCUCCCCCGCGUCAAGCCCUUCUAUGCCGUAAAGUGCAACCCGGACCCUCAGGUGCUCCGGCUGCUUGCAGAGCUCGGCAACGGCUUCGACUGCGCCUCUAAGACGGAGAUCAAGCAGGUCCUCGACAUGGGCGUCGACCCCUCGCGCAUCAUUUACGCCCAGCCCUGCAAGACCAACUCCUACGUCCGCUACGUCGCCCAGGAGGGCGUGCGCCAGAUGACCUUCGACAACGCCGACGAGUUGCACAAGAUCGCCAAGCUGUACCCCACCGCUGAGCUCUUCCUGCGCAUCCUGACCGACGACAGCUCCUCGCUCUGCCGCCUGAGCCUCAAGUUUGGUGCCUCGCUCGACUCCACCGACGGCCUGCUCCGCCUCGCCCGCCAGCUGGGCCUCAACGUCGUUGGCGUCUCCUUCCAUGUCGGCUCCGGUGCUUCCGACCCGCUCGCCUUCCUCAAGGCCGUCCGCGACGCCGACACCGUCUUUGCCCAGGCUGCCGCCCAUGGCUUCGACAUGAAGACGCUUGAUGUUGGUGGUGGCUUCUGCAGCGACGAGACCUUUGAGGCCAUGGCCGGCGUUCUGCGUGAUGCCCUCGAGGAAUACUUCCCGCCCCACCGCAACGUGGCUCUGAUCGCCGAGCCCGGCCGCUACUUCGUCUCGGCCGCCUUCACAAUCGCCUGCAACGUCAUUGCGCGCCGCACCCUCGAGGACCCUGCCAACGCCGCUGCUGGCAUCGUGGCUAACCCCAGCUACAUGGUUUACAUCAACGACGGGCUAUACGGCAACUUCAGCAGCAUCAUGUUCGACCACCAGCACCCUGUUGCCAAGGUGCUCUCGUCCUCUGGUACCUUGCUCUACAACACGUCUGCCGCACAGGCGGCCGAGGACGAGGGCAUCGAGUACUCAGUGUGGGGCCCCACAUGCGACGGCAUUGACCGCAUCUCGGAGAGCGUCCGCUUCCAGCAGACCAUCGAUGUUGGCGACUGGCUCUACUUUGAGGACAUGGGUGCCUACACCAAGUGCUCCGCCACCCGCUUCAACGGUUUCUCCGACUCCCACGACGUCGUUUACGUCUGCAGCGAGCCGGCUGCUCGGGCUAUGCUCAUGAACUUUGCUUGAGACGACUCGCUUUUAGCCCGUCUGAAGCGACGGCUGUUUCAGGGUUGAACCAACAUGUUUGCUUUUUGUCUUUGGUUCGUUCGAUCGAAACUUGGCACAUGUUGUGUCAUGGUUAGAUGGAUCCGCGCGUGGCUUUUGGGACGAGAUAUGACGGACGAGAGGUAAAAAAUUCGGUGACUGUGAAAGGAAUACGAAGAAAAAAACGGGUUCCUACGCAGCAGUAUAGUGCACUUUCACUUCUUGAGAAUAGCAUUUAUAGAUAGACUUGGCUCUUGCUAACUUUGGCGCAAAGUUAGAUUAACAGCAAGCGAACAAAAAAGAGCUUUGAAUAGAGAUAUUUAAAGUGAAGCAUGCAGCGCCAUUGACGAACCGUGGAUGAGUGAAUAUUGGCCCUAUCGCAAGAACAC